ACAGUGGCUGUGUGGCAUUUCGCGAUGUUGUGUUCCAAACGCAGCGAGAGAUGAGUUUUAUCCCCAAAUGGUUUUAAAUAAACUAUUUUACGCUGUCAGCACCGUCGCUACAUAUGCUGGAGUGCGUGCGAUAUCAUUUUCACUGAUAGUGAGGUGAUCGACUGAUAAUGCUGAUAAUUUGCUGUGGGAAUUUUGGGCUUUCCCGUUGCCACCAAGAACAGUCACAUGCGUGAUGCGUCGGGCACCUGCCGGUUUCCCAUGCAAAGUUGAAUUAUGUUGGGACACUACACAGAAGUACGGGCUUAUGCCUACAGAGACGACGAAGCCCUUCCCCAUGCCGACGUGUUUUUAGAUUUGGACGAUGACCCCGUCAGCAAGGAAGCUUUAAAACAUGAUUGGAGUGGUAUGCUCUUCUCACAGGAACAAAACCCAUUCGUGGAUGAUGACAACGAUUUUAUUUUAAUUGCCGAGUGUAACGAACUUCAUGGGCCCAUGCCAUUGGUCACUAUUCCUCACAAUAUUGCAGAUAAAAUGGAGAAUGUUGAUAUCAAUGCCCUUGCCAUCAACAUUCUUUCUGUGGACUACCAACAAGUUGGGGCAUGUGCGACCUUCCCAAAACUGGACAGCCAAAUGUUGAUGCCCGGCAUUCGUGAUGACAUGCACAUUUUGGUCAACUAUACAGUAAUGCUUGAUCCCAAAGCACGUGGAUUCGUGAGACCAAUGUGCAUCGCCUAUGUGUCCUCGGAUAAAAGCAAGCUAAUUAAGAAUGCACCUUAUAUCAGAACAGCACUGAUUGAGGCAUCUUUAGCAUUAAAACUAUACAACAUCAAAUAUUUCAUCCAAGGUGUGAAGAACUUAUUGAAAGACAUUAGGCAUACAAGGAAGUGUCACAGUGUGACGGGGAGCUCUAACAAUGUUGCAAAUGGAAGUGGGAGUUUAGAUGGCAGCUUUCAAGAUUCUCUGGCCCGCUAUGAAGACACCCUCGAAACAACCUUACAAGAAGUGGAGGAUGCUCUGAUGGACAACAUUCCAUUUGAUGCUGAACAGAAUCGCAAAAUAAAAAGACAAGCUAAGGAGUUGGUUCACCAUCUUAAGUCCCUGCCCCGACUGACACCUGAACUGGACGAGUUUCUGAAGUCGUCGGGGGGCGAGCCGCGUCCGUAUGAGCCCAAGGAGCUGCACCUUCCCUUUCAACGAGAUUAUGAAGAAAACCUAGUGCCACUCAAGAAGAUUUGGAGGGAGGGCUUUGUCUUAUGCAUCUACUGGCUAUACGUUACAUACAAGUUUUUCAGGAAGCGUUCUGAGAACAUUGCCAUGAAUCUCCAUCAAGACAAGCCCAUUACUUCGUUACGAUACGGAGCCUGUCCAAGGACAUUAGAAUCAAAAAAAAAUUCGUCAAGCUGGGACCUGUCCUCAGGAAUUAUUUUUACGUCAACUCAGCAACCGUGUAUUUAUAUGCAACUUGCCAGUCCAGGGUUCCUUCCAUUUGAGGAAAAUACAAAAGGACCCUGGAACGUUGAUGAAGACUUCAUGCGUUGUUUUAUACCUCUUGGUUCUAAUCCAAGUGAUAAAGGAAAGAAUGCCCUCAAUCAACUUAGUAAUGGUCACAUUUUGCCUCUUCAAGAUGCUUAUGAUAGAGCAUCUGACAGUGUGGAAGGCCAUAGUAAAGCCAGGAGUGCAGCUCCAUGGAAAUUCUGGCAUAUUAAGCCUAGCACCACAAAAGACUCUGCCUCACAGAAAUUUCCUAAGCAACGCACGCAGAAAGGUGAACUUGCUAUGAACGGACAUCAUAGCAUGGAAAGCACCUUGGUAUGUGAUGACGUUGAUAAGUGUGAAGGCUUCACAGGGAGCUUGUGGGAAGGAACUUACUGGAAGAGAGAUGGAAGUGAGUUGGAACCAUCAGACUGCUCCUACCACGGUCUACCACUGUACAAAACAUGGGAUGCCAUUGACCGUUUUGUCCAAGAUGGGUCAGAAUCUCUCUUCCUAAGCACUCUGAAGUGCCAUGUACAUGUGGAAGACAUCCUCUACUCUCUUCUCACUGGAAGGCCCAUUGUGAUUGUGGGAAUGCCACAGCAGGGGAAGGAAGUGGAAGCAGCUGUUCGUUUGUUGGCAUUCUUCGCACCACGGAAACUGGGAGAAAACCUGUGGUUUGAGAGCUGCCGAAUAGACCCACUUGACAGUUCUUCUUUGAGCAAUGUGGCAGUCGUUGGCUUCAUAGAAGUCAAAGCCAGGGAUGGUGGACUUUCAUCUUCCAUAAAGAAAAAGGCAUCCAUUUUACAUUUGGGUAAAGGGGAGUACAACGGCCCAGCCUACAGUGGUUCAUUGUUAAAGCAAGCAAACCAAAGAAUACGAAUGUUGGAUGAGGGCGAAGCACUUCUAGCUGUUUUAGGAAGCAUACUGUCGGAUGUUGAGUAUGUUGCACAUACCUGGGCUGCACUUAUUGGUUGUGCAAGGAAAGCAGACAUCAAGGCAUUUCAGAAGCAGAAGCAGCUUUCAAGUUGUGACCUUACUCUUUUAAAGCAUUAUGAAAAGCUAAUGGGUGAUCUUCGGAUAAAGAAGUAACUCCAGAAAGCUUGGAUUUUAUAAAGUGUUUGAGGGGCAGCGUUUGCACAUCGUUUGCUGUGUUUAACAUAAAUUUAAAGUUGCUUUUAUAAAGACUGGUAUGAAAUCACCUGAAAUACUUUUAUUAAAGCUCUAUCAUGCAUAA